AUGCCCCCAGGAACACCCUACGCCUCUUUCGCACUCCCUUAUCCCAUCCGUAUUGAUUGCUUCACCUGCACAGCUCGCCUUCCAGUUCCGUACAAUACACCAGCACUGUAUCUCCUCACCCACUCGCAUACAGACCAUAUUCUCGGCCUAUCGUCCAAAUCAUUUGCUGCGCGGGUAGUAUGUUCGCCUGAUACAAAAGAGAUGCUCUUGAGGCAUGAAAUUUAUCUGGAACGCGCAAAGAAAGAUGCAGGUGAAGUUGCAACGAGGACGUUUGCUCAUUUGAAGGUUGAAGGUGGAGCGCUCAAUAGGGAUUUGUUGCACGCGGUUCCACUGAAUACUCCAACUGAAUUUGAGUUAUCGUCGACUGAGACAGUGACUAUUACACUCAUCGAUGCAAAUCACUGUCCGGGUGCCGCUAUGUUCCUCAUCGAAGGUCCUCGUGGCACCAUUCUUCACACGGGCGACGUACGUGCCGAACAUUGGCUACUAAAAUCUCUAGCUCGAAAUCCAUUUCUCCAACCAUACAUCCCAGAUACAGAGGAAGAUCUCCGUGUUCUCAUAGCGCGGGGCGGCCAACCAGCAAGCAACUGUUGUCCCACAAAGGAAAACGCGGUCAAAGGCCUGGUCGAGCUCAUUGCGUUGUUUGAUAAGGACACCUAUUUCUUCGUAAACUCGUGGACUUGGGGAUACGAGGAUGUGCUCAAGGGUAUCGCGCGAGCGUUCCAGUGUAAGAUUCAUGUCGAUCGAUACAAACAUGCGGUCUACACGCAUAUAUCAGAUCCCUUUCUUCGUACUCUCGUCACACGCGACGCGACGAGCACCCGUUUUCAUGCUUGCGAACGGCUUGAGCGGUGUAGUUUCGUAAAUGUACCUAGUUUCGACUUCAAGAAUGACUUAGCGCCACGGAGCAUCGAGGGGAAGAAGGUCGUAUACGUCAAUCCAGUGACCAUGGGAUGUGCACGGUGGGAGGGCUAUCGCAUGGAUGUACGGAGACGUCUUGCGAUGGGGAAGGAUGUUGAUCGCUUGUUCGUACCUCUCGAACGACAUUCUCCCUUACCGGAACUACUGAAUCUUGUUUCCCUCUUCCGCCCGCGUCGAGUGGUUCCAAAUACCCUCGUGCCUGCUCUCGGCGGUCUCGAUUGGACUGCGAUGAAUGCUAUGUUCAAGGAGUGCAUGGCACCGCCCAUUUAUGGCCGUGGCGAUCCCAUCCCAGACGAGUUGAACUCGUCAGGAUUUGCACACCCCAGCGUUCUCGAUCUCGCCUCCCUCGACCUCGCUGAUGCAGAUUCAGCAAUGAAAAACCUCGUCGGUGACUCUGCUGAACUCGAAGCAGAAAAGUGGGUAGAUGACGGGAGUAUGCGUCGACGGCUGGAGGUGCUCCAAGGGUGGUUAGGACCAAAGGAGAAGGGAAUCGUUGAUCGAGCGCUCGGGCGUCUACCGAAUUCAUAUUCUGAGCAUGGAGGCUCAUCCCCGUUAUCGUCCCGGAACAAUUCUGCGCCGGAGACUCCCAAAAGGAUGACCAAAACUCACAUGCAGGUGAAGCGCUAUCUGGAAGACUCGGACGACUCGAGCGACGAUGGGUCUGAUGCACAUGCCAAAACUGCGCGGCUGCUCUUUGCUGGGGAUUAUAACAUGGAAGAGUCAAUGAAGAGUUGGUUAUCGUCAAGUCCGUCACGGAUAUCAGGAGGUGAGGCGCAGAUCAUCAGUGCCGAAAACUUGGGUCCUGUGCAAGAACAGUCUAUGGCAGUUGCAAUAGCAGAAGCUGAUGUUCAUGCUUCGGUAUUGGAAGGCAGCGUUCUGGUCCCAGUGUCUGUACAGAUUAAUGACACAGCCCUCGUCCCAGCUAUCACUCUCUCUGCUGAUCAAAGCCUCCCCACACCAGUAUCGUCACCUGACCUGCGUCCGCGAGAUGUCAAGGGGAAAGGCAAGGAAAUAGAAGGUCAAAGAAAUGCUGGAAUCACAGAUUUUUCGCUCCUACCUUCCUCCCCACACACGUUCAGGAGCUCCUCAUCCACCCCUUUUCUACGGAUAUCCAACCCAUCUAGCCAAAUUCUCCGGCACGCACCAAUAAUUCACCCUGUCUCCGAUGAACUUGGCGAGGGUAAACCACUGACCCGUGCGCAGUCCGUGAUGUCUUUGAGUGCAUGUACAUCUCCAUUCGCACCGUUAGAGGAUGUAGUCAUGGCCGAGGCGGAACUGUUAUCACUGCCUAAGCUACUCGAUGAUAACUCCUUGAAGCCUCCCGAAGUACAAAAUGUUUCGAUUCAGAUGCGCGAAGACGCGAGUGCAGGGUACAAUCAGCAGAGCAUUGAAACAUCCCGGAAAGAGGUCUUUUCCCAAGCAUCAUCAGAUACUCCAUCAUCGCAGCGUUCUCAGCCAUUUACGAGCCUUUCUAAUCGGGAGCUUUCUCAUCAUCUAUCUCUCCCUCUAGCUCAGAUUCAGAGCCAGAAUAGCGAUGGUCACAGGACAAAACGCCGCAGAUUUGAAGAACAUACCAACAGUGUUUCUGAGACAGAAAAUAGUGACGGAGAUCAAGUCAUUCCAUCUCUCGUCUCUACCCUCGGGCGUAGAAAGACCGAAGAAUUCAUCGAUGGCCCUCAUGAUGAGGCACAUCCGUACUACAGGUCGUUUAGGGUUCCAUCACCAGAUCUAUUCCUUGAUACGACCAGUGAAUUAAUGUCACCGUCUCACGAGCAUGAGCAGCGUCCCUCUGUAACCCUGCCUAGAAACCUUGCACCCAGUCGGUCGGCUUCGUCACUUGGAUCCCCUCCUCAACUAGAGAUUGGUUCCUACCGCAGACGCAAUGAACCCCUUGCAACGUCUUCUACCUCUGUCCUCGUUACUGUAGCUUCGCCUCGCACUAUUACAUCCACUCCAACAAUACCCCUUUUAUUAGGCGACACUUCAACUAUCAGCCUCGCCUCGUCCUCCAAGCUUCCACGGCCUUCCUUCGUCAUCUCAGAAAAAUAUUCGAACUCUCGCUCCGCAGAACGACGCAAACGACGAGAAAUAGCUGAGAAACUAUGUCUAGCUCGUCCAGAUUUAGUUGAUCCCUCCUAUGCAGCAAAGCGAUCGAGGAGGUUCUCUCGGCUCAAAGAACAGUCGGUAUCCGACAUGCAAGACAUGAGCUCGAGUGCAAUUGGAAUUGGCUCGUCCCCGUCUCAUUCUAUCUCUGCAGAGACCAAUGGUCCGUCACAAACUAUGGUCCGCCGGGGAUUCCGUCCUGCAUCUCGUUUAUCUUCCUUUUCGCUGUCGAAACAAGUUGCGAGAACAGCAGUUCGAAAUCGUCCUGUGAAGCGCUGGCGUGAGCUGUUGGACGAAGAUACAGAGGACGUGCGUCAGACGAUGGAUUGGGAACGAAGUCGAAGACUUGCGCGGGAUGUCACGGGUGCGCUCGCUGUAGGGCGGAAGGCGAGUGAUGUGCUUCCGCGAUUGAUGUGUAUAUCUGCUCGGCAAAGACAUCUUGCGGGCUAG